CAGAGAUCACUGCUUCUCAUGUACACUUGCGGCAAGUACAACAUCUAUGAACAGAGCUGUCACAGUGCCACACGAUAAAAAAGUUGUUAUUGUUUCCAUUCAGUAUCUGACGUAGGAAUGUGAAAUAAUAUUUUAUCGUCACCAUGGCUGUUUGUGUUGCUAUAAUAGGCAAAGAUAAUUCGCCAAAAUAUAUAUCAUGCUUGAACCCAGAACUCGAACUCCAGUUUCACUACAAGGUUCAUACUUCUCUAGAUGUGGUUGAAGAAAAAUUAACAUCAGUUGGUAAAACUACGGCAGAUGUUAGAGAAUUAUAUCUUGGUUUGCUAUACUCAACAGAAGAACAUAAAAUAUUUGGAUAUGUAACAAACACAAAAAUCAAAUUUAUAAUUGUUGUUGAAUCCUCAAACACUCUUCUGCGAGACAAUGAAGUCAGAACGAUGUUUCGGAAACUACACAGCCUAUAUACUGAUGUGGUGUGUAAUCCAUUUUACAUACCAGGGGAUGUUAUUACAUCAAAAAAUUUCGACACGACAGUGAGAAAUAUGAUGACUGGAAAUGCAUGAAUGUACAAAACCUUUAUUUAUUUGAGGCUGGAGAUGGAUGCUAAGGAAAAACUUGAAGUGCAGAUGUGUGCUGGAAAUAUAUGAAAACAAGGGAUGCAAAUACAUUCCCAUGCCUCUGCUAUUGAAAGUGUCUAAUCCUUUUUAUGCGGGACCCAAACACAGCUUGGGUGGACACCAUUGCACUGAAUAAUGUGCGAUUUCAUCACUGCACUGAAUAAGGUGCGAUUUCAUCACUGUACGAUAGCUGUUCUGUGAUGGAUAUAUUGUGCAGUUUUUUCCCUAUGUAAUAUUGUAGAAUAUGUUAUGACUUUUUCUUUUGAUAAAAUAAAAUUAUUAUUCAACUCG